UCAAACCGCGACUUGGCCACUCCUGCCCCCUCUUCUCCACUCCAGGGCUCCGUCUCUCUGCCUCUCUCUCUCCUGACAUGUCGUGCCGCUCUUUCCAGGCAGGCUCCAGGUAUGGUACUCAGAAUUUCAGCUCAUGCUCGGCCAUCAUGCCCCGAGUGGUCACCCACUAUGAGGUGAGCAAGGGCCCAUGCCGGACUGGGGCUGGUGGGGGCCUCCGUGCCCUAGGCUGCCUUGGCUCCCGGAGCCUGUGCAAUGUGGGCUUCGGGAGGCCCCGAGUGGCCUCCAGGUGCAGCCUGCCUGGCUUUGGGUAUCGAGCAGGGGCCACCUGUGGGUCUUCUGCCUGCAUCACCCCUGUCACCAUCAAUGAGAGCCUUCUGGUCCCACUGGAGCUGGAGUUCGACCCAACGGUGCAGAGGGUGAAGAGGGAUGAGAAGGAGCAGAUCAAGUGUCUCAACAACCGCUUUGCAUCCUUCAUCAACAAGGUCCGGUUCCUGGAGCAGAAGAACAAGCUGCUGGAGACCAAGUGGAACUUCAUGCAGCAGCAGAGGUGCUGCCAGAGCAACCUGGAGCCCCUCUUUGAGGGCUACAUCUGCGCCCUGCGGAGGCAGCUGGACUGCGUGUCAGGGGACCACACGAGGCUGGAGUCGGAGCUCUGCAGUCUCCAGGAAGCACUGGAGGGCUACAAGAAAAAGUAUGAAGAGGAGCUCUCCCUGCGCCCCUGCGCUGAGAACGAGUUUGUUGCCCUGAAGAAGGAUGUGGACACGGCCUUCCUGGUGAAAGCUGACCUGGAGACCAACGUGGAGGCUCUAGAACAGGAGAUCAACUUCAUGAAAGGCCUGUUUGAGGAGGAGAUCCUCCUGCUGCAGUCUCAGAUCUCCGAGACCUCAGUCAUUGUGAAGAUGGACAACAGCCGGGAUCUGGACGUGGACGGCAUCGUGGCCGAGAUCAAGGCCCAGUAUGACGACAUUGCCAGCCGCAGCAAAGCUGAGGCAGAGGCCUGGUACCAGUGCCGGUACGAGGAGCUGAGGCAGACAGCUGGGAACCACUGUGACAACCUCCGCAACCGCAAGAAUGAGAUCCUGGAAAUGAACAAGCUGAUCCAGCGGCUGCAGCAAGAUAUUGAGACUGUCAAAGCUCAGCGCUGCAAACUCGAGGGCGCCGUAGCCGAGGCAGAGCAGCAGGGCGAGGCGGCCCUGAGCGAUGCCAAGUGCAAGCUGUCGGGGCUGGAGGAGGCCCUGCAGAAGGCCAAGCAGGACAUGGCCAGGCAGCUGAAGGAGUACCAGGAGGUGAUGAACUUCAAGCUGGGCCUGGACAUCGAGAUCGCCACCUACAGGCGCCUACUGGAGGGCGAGGAGCACAGGCUGUGUGAAGGCAUCGGGCCCGUGAAUAUCUCGGUGAGCAGUUCCAAAGGCGCCGUCCUGUAUGAGCCCUGUGUGGUGGGCACACCCGUGCUGAGGACCGAGUACUGCCCUGGAAGCACAGGUGUCCUCAGGAGCAGCGGGGGCUGCAGCGUGGUGGGCACCGGGGAACUCUACAUCCCCUGUGAGGCCCAGGGGCUCCUGGGCUGUGGGAGUGGGCGGAGCUCCAACAUGAAACUGGCCACUGGGGGCAGCUCUUGCACGCACUAGUGUUAGCACUGGCCCCCAACUCUGGAAACCCAGGGGACAGGGCCUUGGAUGUUGUACCCCCAGGGCCAAAAGCUGUUCCAAAAUCCUGCCCUUCCUGUAUUGACUCCAGAGACCCCUGGGAUUUCUGCUUAGGGUUGAGCUGACCUUCAAGUUCAUCUUUAUUUUCAAGUAGCUGGGUACAAAAUCUGCAAUGGGACCUGAGGUGAGGUAGGAUGCAGAGAGAGAGAGGAUGCAUUUCUUUUGUCCCUCCCAAACUAGUGACAGUCAGCCCUGGUGUGGCCUAGGAAUGGCAAUAACCCCAAUCACUUCACUUUCAGAUAAGACCAAAUGGGCACAUCACAGUUCUGCUUUGCAGAAAACCCCAUGCAAGUUUCCCCUCAAAGCCAGCCUCCUCCUCCGCACUCCACCCAAGCCUCCCACCUUUCUUUCCACUGGCUCUCAUGUACCUAAAAAAAAGUAAACCUCUUUUAGCACCCUCCUGAAAUAUGCACUAUUGUAAACAUCAAAAGGAGACCAUCACCAAAUCCCAUUCUGAAUUCCAAAGCCAAGUGCCACGAUUUCAGAUCAUUUGGGA